AUUGGUCGAACAUAUAUCAUAGCCCCUCCAAUUGGCCAAUCAAAAUUGGCGACGACUAUCCAAGCUCCUUUGAUUGUGACCACUGUCCAAAAACCUGACUUUUGACCAUGUUCACAUUUUAGAUUGUGAACAAUAUUCAAAUUGGACGACAUGAACCUUUGUUUUUCUUCUAAGUUUUGCGUUUUUACAAUGCUCGAGCGCUAGAAUGUGAGGAAGUCAUUUUUGAAAAUCUAAGGUAGAGCAAAAAAGAAAAGUAAGGGGGUGAGAAAAGUAAUUCUCCAUAACAAAAAUCCCUUUUCUUUUUUGGGCUUUGGCCCGUUUGUCUUUACCGUCGGAAAAUAAAAAAAAAAACUGCCAAUUGUCAUGUCCGGUGUUGAAUCUCCGGCCGUUUAUUGUCACCGUCGUCGCCAUUCGCCACCCGUGUUCUACUCCCCGGGUUUCUCUUUUGCCUAGCGUAAGAAUCUGAGGAUAAUAGAAUGGGUAGUAGUAAGAGUAGGAAAGAAAGAAGAAGAAGAAAAUCGGAUGAUUCUGCAUCCGAGUCAACUUCUUCACAAUCUGAUGAUUUGGAUAGAAGCCGGAGAAGUGGUCACCGGAGUGACCGGAGGUCACGAAGGCGGAGGAGCCGGCAUGAAUCGGAUUCUGAAAGUUUUUCGGAUGACAGUGGUAGUGAUAGGGAUGGAAGGAAGAGAAAAUCUUCCAGGAAAAUUACUGAAGAGGAAAUAGCACAGUACUUGGCUAAAAAGGCACAGAGAAAGGCAUUGAAAGUUGCUAAGAAAUUGAAGACUCAUACUGUGUCGGGAUAUUCCAAUGAUUCAAAUCCAUUUGGUGAUUCCAAUCUUAAUGAGAAGUUUGUUUGGCGGAAGAAGAUUGAGCGUGAUGUUGUUGUUCAAGGUGUGCCUAUUGAUGAAUUUUCGGUUAAAGCUGAGAAAAAGAGACAGAGAGAACGGAUGGCGGAAAUAGAAAAGGUGAAAAAAAGAAGAGAAGAAAGGGCACUUGAGAAAGCACGACACGAGGAAGAAAUGGCAUUGUUAGCUAGAGAACGUGCUCGAGCUGAGUUCCAGGACUGGGAAAAAAGAGAAGAGGAGUUUCAUUUUGAUCAAAGCAAAUUUAGGUCUGAGAUUAGAUUGCGUGAAGGACGUGCCAAGCCAAUUGAUGUCCUGACCAAGCAUCUUGAUGGCUCUGAUGAUUUGGAUAUAGAAAUAAAUGAACCAUACACAGUCUUCAAGGGUUUGACAGUGAAUGAAAUGGAAGAGCUCCGUGAUGAUAUCAAAAUGCAUUUGGACCUUGACAGGGCCACGCCAACCCAUGUAGAAUAUUGGGAGGCACUCCUAUUGGUGAGUGAUUGGGAGCUAGCUGAAGCUCGAAAAAAAGAUGCACUUGAUCGAGCUAGGGUGCGUGGAGAAGAACCUCCAGCUGAGGUGCUUGCAGAACAGAGAGGUCUGCAUUACAGUGUUGAACCAGAAGUGAAGAAGCUUUUGGAGGGGAAGACACGUGCAGAAUUGGAAGCUAUGCAGGCGCAUAUUGAGUCAGAAAUGCGUACUGGUGCAGCAAAGCUUGUUGAGUACUGGGAGACUGUUUUAAAGCACCUCCGCAUAUAUAAGGCCAAGGCUUGUUUAAAGGAAAUUCAUGCUAAAAUGUUACGCAAGCAUUUGCAUCGCCUUGAAAAACCAUCAGAGGGUGAAGAUAAAUUGGAAGAUGAUCAUGUUAUGAAAUCUGAUGAAGAUAUUGAGGAUCAUGUUGAAUUCCAAUCCGCAAACAGGUCGCUUUCUCCAGAACCCAUUAAAGGAGAGGAUCAAGAAUUUGAAGAGGAGGCUGGGUCCUUUUCACCAGAACUGUUUCAUGGUGAUGAAAAUGAGGAAGCUAUUGACCCUGAAGAGGACAGAGCUCUACUGGAACAAAAACGUAUGGCUGUAAAGGAAGAACAGCAGAAACGAAUUCAGGAAGCAAUGGCUUCAAAGCCUGCUCCUUCAGAAGAUAAUUUUGAGAUGAAAGCCAUGAAAGCUAUGGGAGCUAUGGAAGAAGGAGAUGUAAUGUUCGGCUCUGGUGCUGAAGUGAAUCUGGAUUCACAGGUCUAUUGGUGGCAUGACAAAUACAGGCCCAGGAAACCAAAGUAUUUCAACCGUGUUCAUACAGGAUAUGAGUGGAACAAAUAUAAUCAGACUCACUAUGAUCAUGACAACCCACCUCCAAAGGUCGUACAAGGGUAUAAAUUUAAUAUUUUCUACCCGGACCUCGUAGACAAGAUAAAAGCUCCAACUUACACUAUUGAGAAGGAUGGAAGCAAUGGUGAGACUUGCAUCAUAAGAUUCCAUGCAGGGCCACCAUAUGAAGACAUUGCUUUCCGCAUUGUAAACAAAGAAUGGGAAUAUUCUCACAAGAAAGGUUUUAAGUGCACGUUUGAACGUGGAAUUCUACACGUAUACUUCAAUUUCAAACGCCACCGCUACCGUAGAUAAUUUCAGGCACUGGCUCGCUUUCUGGUUAACUUUUCAUGCAAACUUGAGGAAGCUACGUUUCUACCACUUUGGAGUAAAAUGUAUGUGAAGGUGUUGUCAGUAGGGUUUCUUUUAGAUAUUCGGAAGACUUAAGUUACUUCUAGCCAAAUUUGACUGAUAUUGAUAGUACAUGUAACAUGAAAUUCAAAGUUGAAAGAAUCAGUAGUGAUGAACAGCCGCUGUCCUGAA